CUUUAUGAAGAACGGCAGGAGAACUUGUCAUAGAACAAACGCAGAGGGACGGGGGCCGGACGGGGGCCGGACGGCGGCACAGGAUAAACGCUCUGUGUCCAUGCCGUUUUGAAAUGUCGGUUUGCUUGGUGACGGUAUUUCCCAGAGGAGUUUGAAUGCACCAUUUAACAUUCAUAGUUUGGCUCAAUAACUCAAGGAAAGUGUCAGCUUUUUCAGUCUCAAAUCCAGCAUGAGGAGGAACAGACUAACAGAGUCGUUUCUGAUUGUUUCUUUAUGGUGUGAAUGUUCAGUAUCAUUCACUCUUUAGUGAUUCUUCUGCUUCUUUCUCUACGUUUUUCACCACAUGAAAUUCUAAAUCACACUUUCAGCGAUUUCGGUCCUGUAACCAACAUGCUGCGGAGCUGAAGGUCAUCAAAGAUGAAUGAAGACGUCGCAUCAGGUGAUGGAGGCCCGGAGCCAAAGGUGACGGCUGCUCAGGUGUCACCUGCUGGCAGAGAGCAGGAGCUCAGCAGCUGAAGAAGCAUCAGAUCACGUUCAUCAGAUCCCCACAUUCAGCUCCGAACCCGGACGAGACCCCGGAAUGGAACCGUAUCAAAAAGCAUCGAUGAGAAAACUCAGAAGAAGCAGCAACUCUCUGCUGCAGCAUCUGAUUUACCGAGGAGUUCACGGAGGAGGCAGGGACACUCCUAUUCCAGCUCAGCCGAGAGACGCUAAAAUGAUCCAGUCCAUCGCCAGCCUGAUCAGAGCAAAGAGCAAACUGCUGCUGUUGGAAAAUCCCGACACGGUGGAGAUCUACAAGCUGGAUGAACCAACAGCUGGACCAGGAAAAGGUCACUUCUAUCUUCCCGCCAUCCCAGCCAAAGCGUCCAGCCUGAGCUCCGUCAGGGGGGCUCUGAGUCAAUCCUGCCCUUAUCUGUACGACAAGCGGCGGGGGUCGCUCUCAUCCGUUGUGUCUCACCGAACCGGAGAUCCCACCGAGAAACGGCAGAGCAACUUAAAAGCAAAAAGGGAAGCUAAGAAAUCCAACGUGACGGUGACCAUGACCUACCUGGGUCAGAGCCAUCGAGGGUCACACUCUGAGGUCACUCGAGAUGAGCUGAAGGUCCUCCAACAAGUCAGCGGAGGGGAAAACGUUUGUGUCUUCAAAGGCGUCCUCACUCGCGGCGAGCAGUUCCAGUUUGUGUCCCAGAGGCACAUCGGUUACCCCUUCAGCGCCUCCAUGUACAUCAACGGCCUCAUGGCGACCAGACUCAGCUCCUGCUGCGAGUACCGCUACGCUCCCGGCUUCCAGCAGGGCAGGAAGAGCUGCUUCAGACUGACCUGGCUGGCUGGUGGGACGCCCUGCUACAGAUGUACGAGCCUCCGACACAAAUCCAGCUCCUGUCAGCAGCUGAACAACAGCACAAAGGAAAAUUUAAUUCUCCCUCUUGAGCAGAAAACUGGCAACGGCGCCGUGGAGUCCUGCCCGUCGUCCCCUCUUUUCAUCCCAGCCAAGCCCGUGAAGAAAUCAGCUAAAAAACACAUCAAGGAACGCACUGGAGCAUCCAGUGACAGCGAAGACCUCGCUGUAGCUGGAACUAAAGCGACGUCAGAAAGGAAAAGACGCAGAGGUCAAACUAAUCAGCGGGGGAGCAAAGACAAGGCGGCUGGAUGUAAAGAGGGGGACGGGGGCCGAGAGAGACGAGACUCUGAGAGGUCACCGGUGAUGGAGAAAUCUGGAGAGAAGACGAGAACCAGGAAACACUUGAAAACAGCUGGAAAUGCUGCAGCUCUGCUGACGGAGGAGAACCAGAAGACGACCGAUUCACUGCAGGAUGAGGAAGAACUGACGAAGAAGAACAAAGAGGCAGAAUCCGACGGGAAAAACGGAGAUGGGGAAAGACGGAGGGAUUUCUAUGAGGAAUGUGUGGAGAUGAGUGCAGCGCUGAGGCGAGGCCCAAACAAACACCGGUUCAAGCAAAGCAUCCUGGAAAGGUGCCGGCUUCAGAAAAGUCUGUCGUCGAGCCCCAAAGCCCAGAGCUCAGACGUGGAGCUCAGUGCAGAAAGUGACAGCCCUGUGCAAGCUGACGAAGAGCGUAAGGAGGAGGAGGAGGAGGAGGAGAAGGAGGAGGAGGACACAGAACGCCCCGGUGAGAACAAAGAGGAGCCUGUUAAAGAACAAGACCUGGAGGCACAGCUGGACGCCAUGAUGACCGUCCUGAAAACGUCUGAUGAGGUGGAGCAGCUGGUUCUGAGGAACACGGGCCUCACCGACGAUCUGCUGCUGAGCCUGGCAACGGUGCUGAAAGGAAGUCCGUCCCAGGUCAAGAUGCUCAACCUCAACCUCAACUCCAUAGGACCGUACGGCGCCCACAUCCUGCUGGAGGUCCUGAGGGUGAAACCACAUGUGAAAGGCUUGCAUUUGUUUGGAAACCGGCUGCGUGACCACGGCCUGCUGACCCUUCUGACCGGAAUAGCCGAACUCCAGGAGCAGACCGCAGUCACGGCGGCGUCCGUGCAUCACGCCCUGCUCUUCCCCUCUGAGCAGGACGUGAUGCUACAGCUGCCCACCGGGUGGAGCUCUUUUGAGGUGUUCACGCUCCUGGAGCUGGACGUUGGUGGAAAUGGGCUGAACAGUGACGGGGUCAGAGUGAUCGCUUCCUACAUGAGGUCCCACUCACACCUGCGGUACCUGGGCCUGGCUCAGACCAGCAGCGCAGACCUGGCCGCUUGGAAGGAGCUGUUUGAGAGUCUGAAAGGCAACGGCACACUCGCUCAGAUCAUCUUAGAUGAGAACAACCUGGGCGACCCCGGGGUCCGGCUGCUGGCCGACAUGCUGAAGGAGAACGCCAGUCUGCGGCAGGUGGACCUGGACGGGAACGACAUCAGCGACGUGGGAGGAAAUGACAUCAUGGCAGCGCUGCUGUGCAGGACCGACUUCCCUCUGAGCCAUCUGAGCCUGGAGGAGAACAGCAUCAGUGCAGGACUGAUGGUCAGGAUACAGGAGCAGGUAAAGGAGUCCUGCAGAGGCUGAGGAAACCUGAGGAAACAUCAUUUAACCGUCACAUGAGCAGUGGAGGCUUUCGAUACGGGCGGUCGCCCAGGGCGGUAUUUUCCAGUAUUUCAGUAUUUCUUUUCUGUAAUACGAUUAGUGGAGCGGGCCUGUUCUCGCUGUCUGAAGGUGAACUUAAAUGUCAAACAGCGCCCUCUGCUGCACAACACUCAAACUGACCCUCACCUCAUUUAGUCUAUUCACCGUAAAUGUAGUUUUUAAACUCCCCAACCUCCCCAAAAAACUAAAAUAAAUAUUGGUUUAGUCAGAGGAUGCCAACUUGUUUAUUUUUAUGAGCGCAAUAAGAUGUAAAGGACAAAACCAUCCAUUCACAAUUUAGAGAAAAGAAGAGAGACUUGAAAAGAACAAAGGUGUGAUAUUGAACAUUGUUAAUGUCAUUAUUAAAGCCCAAGACAACUUUAUAUUUGAAGAGCUAGGCUAAGGCUAUUGUUAUAGACUAUACUUUUAACGUUUAUUUCAUCCAAACUCAAUUUGUCGAUUAAAUGCAGCUAAUUAAAUACUAUUUUAUAUUAUAUUUAAUUCCUUUACUCCUGCUUUUGUUAAAAUAAAAGAACAUGAUCACCUACUAUCACGCUAUUUCAUAUUAUUCAGUACUUUGUCUCUUUUUCUCAGAAUUGCUCAUUUCAUUAUUCAUGCUGAUGACAAUAAAAGCUGGUUCCUCAGCUUGUUGUCAGAAAUUGCAUUAAAAAAUUUACAGCUUCAAUCCCCUCUACUUUGAUACAUUUUCUAAAUAUUUUGUAAGAAAGUUCACUUUUUCUUUUCAUAUUAGAUUCCCUUUUCCAAAUUAUUUGUGACACGUUUUUAGUUUGUACCAAGAGAAGUAGACCAAGUUUAUUUUCUAGGUGGAUUUGUGAUAUUUGUAUUUUUAAACCUCAAUUAAACAUAUGCGUGAUAUCCUUA